AUGCGUGUCACUUCUUCCCUCCUCGCGGCUGGUUUCGCGGCCUCUGCCUUGGCGGCUCCGGGAGCCCGUCACCACCGCAGAGCUGCUUGCCCUGACAACAGCACUCCCGCCAGCACCACGUCAAGCUCCGCUGCGCCGUCGAGCACUCCCACCACCAAUGCCAACGCUUCGGCCGGCAGCUCCAGCUCCAGCGCCAGUGGUGGCCUGAAAUUCCUUGGUACCUCCGAGUCUGGUGCGGAGUUUGGCGAGGCGAACUAUCCCGGUACUUACGGCAAGGACUACAUCUUCCCGGACACCUCUGCUAUCCAGACGCUCAUCGACAUGGGAAUGAACAUGUUCCGUAUCCCAUUCCUCGCCGAGCGUAUGGCCCAGUCCUCCCUUUCCGCAGAUCUUGACGCGGAUUACCUGAAGAACCUCACUACCGUUGUCAACUACAUCACCGAAGCUGGCAAGUACGCGGUGAUUGAGCCCCACAACUACGCCCGCUACAAGGGCAACAUCAUCUCGUCCACUGCGGACUUUGAGACCUUCUGGACCAACCUGGCCACUUCCUUCAAGACCAACGACAAGGUGGUGUUCGACUGCAUCAACGAGCCCCACGACAUGACCACCGACACCCAGACCGCAGAGCUCAACCAGGCCUGCGUCGACGGUGUCCGUGGCGCCGGCGCCACCAGCCAGUACAUCUUCGUCGAAGGCACCUCGUACACGGGAGCCUGGACCUGGACCACCUCGGGCAACAGCGAGCACAUGGGCAACAUCACCGACUCGGUCGACAACCUGCUCGUCUACGAGAUGCACCAGUACCUCGACAGCGACGGGUCUGGUACCUCGACUGAGUGUGUGUCCACCACCAUUGGAGAGGAGCGGAUCACCGCCGCCACCACCUGGCUGCGCGAGAACAACAAGAUCGGCAUCAUCGGCGAGUUCGCCGGCGGCGACAACACCCAGUGCAAGACCGCCGUCACUGGCAUGCUGGACUACAUGACCGAGAACAGCGACGUCUGGAUCGGCGCCAUGUGGUGGGCUGCGGGCCCCUGGUGGGCGGACUACAUGUACUCUAUGGAGCCGUCUACUGGCACUGGCUACACUGCGUACAAGGACAUCCUCAGCAAGUACGUCCCUGCUUAG